AGUCCGGGAGAUAGCCAUCAGGCGGCAAUCGUUUCCAAUCGUGCUGAAAUCCAACCCGUUCGGGGGAAAUAAGCUUGCCUUCACAAAACCAUUUUGUCAGGGGGGAAAGACGGAUCCCAGCUAAUUCCCCUGAGCGCUGUGUUUCAGCAGCGAGCAGAACUCCCGUUUAGCUCCAGCUCCACCUCGGUGUCACCCCCGGCAGACGGAGCGGGCGGUGUGAAGGUGACACGCUGCUGUGGGCAGGUUUUGUGGAGGUGCACCUGCCGGGCACGCCCAGCCAGCCCCGGCUCGGCGGGGCUGCGGCACAAAGAGCGCUUGUUGCCCCGCUCGCCGGGAGCCUGCCGGGCUGCCACUCGCCGGGGAGGACUGGUUACCAUGGAGGCUGCCAUCUGUUCCCUCCCUGCUGGAAUGUGAUUAUCCUCGCUGGCUUGGGAACCGGCAGAAGCAGGGGAGCGUGUGCUGUCGGCAAUUAUCUGCAAUGGAGUGCGUUAAUGGAAGGCUGGAAUUAGCUGGCUGGAGGAGCACAUAAAAGGAUUUUACCAAAACUGUUCCAUGAUUUCUAGCCAAGAGGAGCGAGAUUUUUGCAAGGCAGCAGCAUCUGUCCAAAGCCCUUAAUACUGUCUAGAGUUUGUGCAGCGAGUGCCACAGCCAGGCUUGUGGAGCAGAAUGUCCGCAAUGAAGCGGCUCAGGGAAUAAAUGGAAGUGUGCCACUCAAACAGUCCCCACGUUCAGCUUCAAGUCCAAAGCCACAAGUGCCUCCAAAGCCAAUUCAUCUGCAGAAGGCAACAUACCAAACCCCUAGGCAUAAAGCUUUAACAAAUCAGAAACCAAGAAUGGAGGAAGAGACACCUGCUGCUGUUCCUGGUGUCACAAAGGAAAAGUCCAGUAAAGUGUCAGAUCUCAUCAACCGUUUUGAGGGAGGCAGCUCCCUGAAUCCUAGUGAUUUGAAGAAAGAUUCCUCUGUUCUCCACGUGACUAAAUCUCAAGGAAGAUAUGGGUCCACACCAUCACCUCAGCCAAAACUCCCCUCCCAGCACUCACUACAGAAACAGGGAAACAGUGACACUGACAAAACUCAGGUUGCACAGCUGCCCACGGCCAACGGCGUCGUCGUAGCACAAGACCAGCCGGAAGACGAGGACCGGCGGUUGCCGGACCGCGGCUCGGCCGUGUCCACCCCGCUCCCAGAUGAUGCCAUGGACGGCAGCUUGGUCAACGGGGAAGGAGAAAGCGCUCGCAGAGAGUCAUUGCAAAGUGUGGCUGCCUGCGAGGAACAGAUGCUCAACAGCUGCCACAGGACUCCGAGCAGCGACACGCUGCUCCCAUCCGAAAGUCAAACUCUAGAAAUUAACACUGAUGUCAAGGAAGAACCAGCUGAGGAAAGCAGUAAACAAGAUCAACCUGUAGAAACAAAGGAGACAGACGAGCAGAAACGUCACAAAAUUGCCAAUGAACUUCUGCAAACAGAAAAGGCCUACGUUAGCCGGCUUGACCUCCUAGAUGGGGUAUUCUAUUCCAAACUCCUUGAGGAAGCCAACAGAGGUUCAUUUCCACCUGAAGUGAUUAAUAAAAUAUUUUCUAACAUUUCAUCAAUAAACGCCUUCCACAGUAAAUUCUUACUUCCGGAACUUGAAAAACGAAUGCAAGAAUGGACUACCACCCCUAGGAUUGGAGAUAUUCUGCAAAAGUUGGCUCCUUUCCUCAAGAUGUACGGCGAGUACGUGAAGAAUUUCGAUAAUGCGAUGGAAUUGGUGAAAACGUGGACUGAACGGUCACCUCAGUUCAAAUUCAUUAUUCAAGACAUUCAGAAGGAAAAAGUGUGUGGAAAUUUGACAUUGCAACAUCACAUGCUAGAACCAGUCCAACGCAUUCCACGCUACGAGAUGCUUCUAAAGGACUACCUAAGGAAAUUGCCUCAGGAUUCCCUAGACUGGAAAGAUGCUGAAAAAUCCCUGGAAAUUAUAUCCACUGCAGCAAGUCACUCGAAUAGUGCAAUAAGAAAGAUGGAGAACCUGAAGAAGUUGUUAGAGAUAUACGAGAUGCUGGGAGAAGAGGAAGACAUUGUGAACCCUUCAAAUGAGCUGAUAAAAGAAGGACAGAUCCUCAAACUGGCUGCUCGCAACACGUCUGCUCAAGAGCGGUAUCUUUUCCUGUUUAACAAUAUGUUGCUCUACUGCGUCCCCAAAUUCAGCCUGGUUGGAUCCAAGUUCUCUGUUCGAACCAGGGUUGGCAUAGAUGGCAUGAAGAUUAUAGAAACUCAUAAUGAGGAAUAUCCCCACACUUUCCAGGUGUCUGGAAAAGAGCGGACACUGGAGCUGCAGGCAAGUUCUGAACAGGAUAAAGAAGAAUGGAUAAAGGCACUUCAGAGUACUAUUGAAGCUUUUCAGCAGAGGAAUGAAACUUUCAGAAAUGCUAUUGCUAAAGAAUAUGAAGACAUGCCUGUUGAAGUCUCUAAUGCUGAGCUUGGGAAGAGAGCGCCGAGGUGGAUCCGGGACAACGAAGUCACCAUGUGCAUGAAAUGCAAGGAACCCUUCAAUGCCCUGACGAGGAGGAGGCACCACUGCCGAGCGUGUGGACAUGUGGUUUGCUGGAAAUGUUCUGAUUACAAAGCACAUCUCGAAUAUGAUGGCAAUAAAUUGAACAAAGUCUGUAAGGAUUGCUAUCAUGUUAUAAUUGGUUGUACGGACAGUGAAGAAAAGAAGAGGAAGGGCAUUUUGGAGAUUGAAUCUGCAGAAGUCUCUGGAAAUAGUGUCAUAUGUAGCUUUCUUCAGUACAUGGAGAAGUCCAAGCCCUGGCAGAAAGCAUGGUGUGUCAUACCCAAACAGGAGGCUCUUGUGCUCUACAUGUAUGGUGCUCCACAGGAUGUCAAAGCUCUGGCUACAAUUCCUCUUCUGGGCUACACAGUGGAUGACACUCCAAAAAGUGCUGACCUCCCCCACAGCUUCAAACUGACCCAGUCCAAGUCUGUGCACAGCUUUGCUGCAGACAAUGAGGAACUGAAACAGAAGUGGCUAAAAGUUAUCCAUUUAGCUGUCAAAGGUGAGACACUAGAAUAUCAAAAUGAACUGCAAGUGAAUUUGGAAGAGCAUCCUGAAUCUUCUAAAAGAUCUGAAUGCUGAAGCUCAAGAACAUGUGGCAUUUUUAAAUGAUUUCAGUUGAAAUUGUGGUUAACUUUUCUUUGCUCAAUCAAGGAAAAAAAAAGAAAAAAAAAAAAGAAAAAAAAGAUAAAAACUUCUUACUACCAUACACAUCUUGGCACUUUAUGUUUGGGAAAGAAUUCUGGUCUUUUUAGGGAUCUUUUUCUUAUAUUUAUGUUCUGUCAAUAAAAGUGAUGUACAGGUCCAUUUCAGAGACUUUUUAAAAAAAUGUGAACGCUAUUAAAAAUACUUACUAACUUUACUGUACUACUUGUUUGUUGUAAUGCAGAUUUUUUAAAUCCAGUUGCUCUUCAGUUAACAUUUGCUACUUUCAUUACCAAUGCAAAUAUUUGAAGCUUCCUACUUACAUGUUAGGACUUGCAACAGGAUAAAAGAUAUACCUCCACAUUGCCAAAAUAGAUCUGUACUUAAAUAUGCAGGGACAGUUUGGUUUAAUGUAUGUAGUUUGUAGACUGAUUUCCACAAUUCUGUACAUAUGUUGUAUUCACUUGUAUCUUUUUAAUUAAAGUAAUGCAAAUUGCUGUCACAGGUA